CUACCAAUCAUGAAUUGAAAUCAAAGAGCCAAGUAAAUAUUAGCUAGAAGGGCAACAAAAAAUGAAGAUCUUCCCUCUCCAUUCAAACAGCUACUUUUUUGCUUGCGCCGGCGGCGAGCUCAACACCAUCCAUGUGUUGAAUUCGUCUGGCCAGCACGGUCAUGGAGCUGUAAUGUACCCUUACAGAGACUGGCGGCUGGUAGAGAAGAUCCAUCCAAACGGCGUAGGCACCCAAUACACGGCGUUAGAUGUUAACGGGAACGUCAUCAGCGGGGACAAUUUGGUAAGACUCUACAAAUACCUUCAGUUACCUACUCGGCUGGCUAACUAUACCGGCGUCCAGAUCGUUUGUCAGGCCACCAACACCGGACAGCUGGUGGGCACCAUGAACCCCUUCCGCUACGAAUGGCAGUGGUACAAAGACCAGCCAGCUGCCGGCGGCGCUACUUCCAGCGCGAGCGACGACAAGAAAAAGAUUGCAGACCUGACGGAGGAGCUGAACAAGGCGAAGGAGGAGACAACCAACAAGGACAACCUUAUCAACAACGAGGAGCUGGAAGUCAAAACCCAGGUGAUGCACGACAAGGACAAGGAGCUCAAGAAGAAAGACGACGAGGAGAUUUGCAAGAUAACUCGGGAUCUGAUGAAUGCACCAAAAAAUAAGAUUGAGGAGUUAAAUGCCGCCACUGAUCUCAAGGAUGAAAUUGCGAAGAAGGACGAGGAGAUUUGCAAGAGGAACGAGAAUCUGGCUGCAUCAAGAAGUAAGAUCGUUGAGUUGGAAGCAAUUAUCCAUAAGUACGGGGAAGAAAUUGCGGAGAAAAAUGAGCAGCUGGAAUCAAAGGAUAAAAAAAUAAAGGAUGAGGAAGAAGAAGCUAACAGGAAAAGACAAGAGCUACAAGCAAAGAAUAAUAAGAUUGAGGAGCUAGAGGCAAUUAUUAUCAAGGAUGGUGAAAAAGAAGCUGCCCAAAAAUUUCAGGAGCUGGAAGAAAGGAAUAAGAAAAUUGAGGAGCUGGAAGCAAUCAUCAACAAGUGUAAGGAAGAUGCUGCCCAAAAAAUCCAGGAGUUGGAAGCAAUUAUCAAGAAAGGUGAGAAAGACGAUGAGAUUGCAGCGAUAAAAAAUCAAGGAUUGCGGCCUACUGUGUCGUCGAUAGUAACAACGCCGCCAACAACAGAGGGGUUAUCAGGAGGAUUAUUGGUGGAAGAAAUUGUGACGAAUUCUAAGGAUAUCAAAAUAGCUAUUUCACUGAAGAUCGACCUUGUGAAGGACGACAAAUCAACCAACAAUAUAGUGCAGGAGAAGAUAGAUUUCAUGGAGCAAGAAUCAAAGCAAAAAGACAACCAACUGAAAGCUAAGGACGAAGAAAUUUCAGAGUUGAAGAAAGUAAUAAAUGAUAGGGACAAAGCCAUACAAAAGCAAAGUGAGGAGCUUGCAAAGUUGAUAGCUCAACAAUUAUCUAAUUCCAUGGCACCAACGCAAGAACCAGUCAAGCUUGAUGACAUUGUGAGUACCCUACUGAUAGAAAAGGUACAAAUGAAAAAACAACUAGACGAAGUACACAAUGAGAAAGAAGCCAAGGGUCAACAACUAGAACAGAAGAUAGAGGAGCUCAACGCCAAGGAUGAGGAGGUGGCAAAGAAAGAUGCAGAGCUAGAGGCAAAAAACAAGCAUAUGAUCGAGAUGGAAGAUGCGAUGAAGAAGAAACUAGAGGAGGAGAUUGGUAAUAUGACGGAAGAACUAAAGAAGAAGGAAGGGGAGCUUAAGGAGAAAGAUAAAGCAAUUGUUGACCAAGCCACGCAGUUGGAAGCGGAUAAGAAAUUGAUCGACCAAAAGGAGAAAAUGAUCAAGAAGAAGGACAGGCAGAUUAAAAAGCAAACCAAUAAGGUGAAAGUGAAAAUUGAACAACUUGGAAUAGCAAAAGCUAAAAUAGUGAAAUUGAGGAAUGCUCUAAAAGAAUUCACCGCCUUGGACGAGGAUGAAGAUGUUGAUGAUGAUGAAGACGAGGAGGAGGAGGAUGAAGAAAAUUGAGUCUUGAAAAAUGGAUGGUUGUAUUAAUUUAUGUCUGGAUUUCUCAACAAUAGUACUUAUGCGCAUGUGAAUUCCCCCUGGGUUUUCAUCUAGGGCUAGUAAUUUACAUUUUGGUUUGGAGUUUAUUUGGGAGAGUAGUGAUCCAGAUUCUUAUGGUUUUGGGCUUUAAAUUUUCUGUACUUGAGCCUUGUGUGUGUGUUAUUUUUUAAUAGCAUGUUCCUACACUUGUUUUGUACAUUUGUAUUAUCCAUUAAUGGAUAUGCGGUCUAACUAUUGUGUAUCAAAACAACAAAAAUUGGUGUGCUAA